AUGGUUGCGGCGUUGAUUGAUGAUGAUGAUGAUGAUGAUGAUGAUGAUGAUGUGCUUAUCUAUCCAACUCAGUUUUACUCUCUGCCAGACAGUGACAGGUUAGAAGACACGCAAUGGAGCAGUCAAGGUGUGUUUCAAGACGAAAACUGGAUCCACUGGCACCGAGCCAAGUCCGAGGCAUACAGUGAUGACGAAAUGUAUUCUUCCCAUGUGAUGCGCACAUUCGUGAACGCGUGCCAGUUUGGCCUUUUUGUUGGACAUUUCCGACGUCUGUGCAGCAAACAUCCAAUCCCGCGGAAAAAGCGAUCUCCAGUUAGCUACGUUAUAUCUCCCACCAAUCGUGAACGCAUGAAAUCAUUACUCAUUCUCUCCUUCGAAUUUGCAACCCUGACCGACAUAAAAGACCCAACAAAUGCAGCGACGUAA